GGCGAAAAUCGUUUAGGGGCUCUACCACAAGCGGUUUAACCAACGGGUUGUGCCAAAUCUUAAAUUGUUGGAUACGGAGCCACGUUUUCGGCUGACAGUGGGGAAGACUAUUUGGUUUCUAUUAGCUUUCUCUCAAGGAAAUCGUUUAUUGCUGUGACAAGAUUUUGAGGUAUUGUAAUGCAGAAAGACAUUAAUCAUUUUUUUUGCCGGAGGUAAAUGAGAAAGUCAUCGAAUCGACGUUGGCCUAGUUGUCCAAGGGAUCCGAGCAGACGUUUACACCCUUUGCCUCCAUCUACGCGCCCGGUACCGGAACAGCAUCUGGAAGGAAAAACUGUUGAGCCGGACAGCACAGAGGACGUAGUGGGAAGUGGGCAGCGGAUAAUCCAGGCUGAAAAAAGGUUGGAGAGUACUGCGAAAGAUCUUGAAGAAUCUUACGUAGACAAGAGUAUUGAGGCAGGUAAAGAAGGUAGCGAAAAAAGUGAAGACGACGAGUUGGAGAGUACUGCGAAAGAUCUUGAAGAAUCUAACGUAGACAAGAGUAUUGACGACGCACACGAAAGUAGCGAAGAAAGCGAAGAAGAGGAAAACGGGGAUAGCACUGACGAGGAGCAGUUAUUUGCAGAUACCGAUAGUGAUUCAGGUACUGGCAUUAUGCCUCCUCAGAUAAAGUUUUUGAGUCCCAAGGUCUUUAAGGCAACGCCGGAAGAUGACGCCUUCGACUGGCUUGAGCGUUACGAGUCAACGGGAGCGUACAAUCAAUGGGGCGAUACGGAGCUAAGGGCGAAUUUCAGCAUGUAUCUGGAUGGAGCGGCAAUAAAAUGGUACCUGUGCUCCACACUUCCGACGGAGUGGCGUGAUUUACCCAUACGACCGGGGGUUGGCCUCAACGCAGCUGAUCUUCCGGCAGUAACUGGAGUCAGAACACUGUUUUUGAAAGAAUUUCAGCAACAAAACUACAAGCUGUUCCAGGAAACACGCUUGCGGAACCGGGUUCAAGGUAUCGAAGAAGCGACAACUAACUACUAUUACGAUGUUAUUGAUCUUUGUAGGGUGGUGGAUCCAACAAUGGCGGAAGCCACCAAAGUCGACUAUCUUUUUGGGGGAUUACGGCCCUCGUUGGUCGAAAAAAUUGUACCCGUUACAACCCAAAACAGGUGAAGAAUUUUUA